GACUAGGAAGUGUGCUAGAUCUAUAUAGAUCUAAUUUUAUGUGCAUAAGCAAAACCAGGGGUGCAUUGUAUAGCUAGUACUGUCAGAAGACCAAGAUAGAAUAACCUUCAAGAUAACUGAUCCCAGAGAUGCCAGGUGAAGGAGAUUACACGGAUACAGUCCGAGAGGACGAGACCUCCACUGUGAAUGGAGACAAAGCAAAGCCAGUCAGGAGAUUCACAUGGCAGGAACUGAGUCAACUGAAUGAGCCUCACAAUGCACAUGUUGCUGUCAGGGGAAAGGUGUAUGACGUGAGUUCGUUUGUGGCUAGACACCCUGGGGGUAUGGAGCAGAUCAUGAUGGGGGCAGGCAGGGACAUCACACAAGUCUUUGAGUCCUACCAUCCUUUCUCCAUUUACAAUAUGCUGAACAAGUUCUACGUUGGUGAACUAGUGGACAACGAAAUGCCUGUCUUUCUGAAACGAAGUGAAUUCUACGGAGUGCUCAAAGAGAGGGUUAGCAAAUACUUCAAGGACAACAACAUUGAUCCUAAAGUAGACUACUGGAUGUUCAUGCGAUACAUUUUAAUCUUUCUGACAGCCAAUCUCUGCUGGGCUAGCACGAUGUUUGUGUACGAGAGCUGGACGCUGCUGUUACUGGCUGCUGUAGGCUGGGGGUUCUUUACUGCUCUGGUGGCUAUGACCUGCACUCACGAUGCAAGUCAUUUUUCCGUGACACACAAGCCGUGGGUGUGGAAGUUGGUUGCUUCACUCCUCAACUUUUCAAUCGGAGGCUCAAACAUAGUCUGGACCUACCAACAUAUUCUUGGGCAUCAUAUCUACACCAAUAUAGAUGGAGCUGACCCGGAUAUUGUCACAGCCUCUAAUAAUGAUAUUCCUGACAUUCGCCGGAUCAAGUGGGAGCAGAAAUGGAUUCCACGCUACCUCUACCAGCACGUCUAUGUGCCCAUGCUCUAUUGUCUGUUAGUUGUGAAAACUCGUCUUCAAGACAUCCUCAUCUUGUUUUCUGGAAAAAAUGGCAAUAUUCGGAUGAAUCCUCUGUUCCUCAACCAAUGGGUGAUAUUUAUCCUGGGUAAGCUCGGGCACUUGACUUGUUACGUUGUCAUUCCAGCAUUCAUCAUACCCUGGCCACAACUGUUGGUGGCAAUUCUUGUAUCUGACGUGUGUAUGUCGUACUGGCUGGCUCUCACCUUUCAAGUCUCGCAUGUCGUGAGUGAGGUUGAAUGGCCGAAACCUGACAAAGAUAAUGUAGUUCAUAUGGACUGGGCUGAGAUGCAGGUAGCCACCACACAGGACUAUGCUACCAACAGUUGGUUCUGGACUGUCUUCACUGGAGCCCUAAACCAUCAGACCACCCACCAUCUCUUCCCCGGCAUCAUACAGUCACACUACCCAAAAAUAACUCCGAUUCUUGCACAAACCUGCAAAGAGUUCGGGUUACCCUACCACUGUAAGAACUCCUUCAAGGAGGCAUUGGGCUGUCAUAUUGGACACUUGAAAAACUUAGGACAGAAUAGCAAGAAAGAACAAUAAAACACUCUUGAGAGAUCUACUAGUACAGUAUAGUAUACAUGUACAGUGAAGGGUUAGCCAUGCUGUUUACAAUACAAUUAUAAUUAAAGUAUGGGA